ACCUGAUCUCAAGUCAGCUGAACACCUCUGAGAGACUGAGGGCGAAGACCCGUCUGGCAAAGUCUGGCUUAUACAUUUAAUUAUUUUUAUUCCGUUACCUUCAAUUUUUUCCAUAUUCUUCCUCUUGUGAGACACUUUGUAACUUUUCUAAAUGGCAGUACAGAGUGAGUGAAGCUUGCUUUGCCAUGUGGCUGAUCUUCCGCGAGCCUCGCCGCUUCUUGUGCGGAUGAUCCCCGCCCACGCCGAGCGCGCUCAAACCGGUCAUUGGUUCGACGGGACACCGUCCCACCCACUGGUGGAGUUUGUAACUUUACAGCGAGACGCACAGUGGGAGGUCAUCCAUCCACUGGAGGACACAGAUGAGGACGGCAGUUACUUGUAUCUGCACGGCGGAGAUGUUGUAAACUCCCUGAGAAGUUCUUAAGACUUUUCUCAGUCCACGAAUGAAGCUGUGAAGCCGCCCGCUCGGUCACAAUGUGGAAACCCGCCGGUGGAUCAACGAGCGCCGCCUUCAGCUUCAGCGCCGCCGCCGCCGCCGUCACCUGCCUGCUCGUGACCGGGAUGCUGGUCGUCACCGUCGGACAGCUGAGCAGCGGAGACCCGGCGGAGCCUCUCGCUCCAGCGUCGGGUGGAAAAGUUUUCUCGGCGUACUUCAGGAAACUGAGCCGGGAGAGGAGGGCGAUAAGCGGCCCCCCGAGGAGAAGCCCACCCCCCGGGCCGGUGGAGCAUCUCUCCGCGGCCGACCUGUUCAUCGCGGUGAAAACCACCGGGAGGUAUCACCGCCAGAGGCUGGAGCUCCUGCUGGACACCUGGAUCUCCAGAAACAUGCAACAGACGUACGUGUUCAGUGAUGGAGAGGAUGAGAAGCUGAGGAAAAGGAUGGGAGCCCACCUGAUCAACACCAACUGCUCAGCGGCCCACGACCGCCAGGCCCUCUCCUGUAAGAUGGCCCUGGAAUAUGAUGCUUUUAUUAACUCUGGCAAGAAGUGGUUCUGUCACGUCGAUGAUGAUAACUACCUGAACGUCGGCUCCCUGCUGAAGCUCUUGUCUCAGUACAGCCACAUGCAGGACGUUUACAUCGGCCGGCCGAGCCUCGAACGGCCGAUAGAGGCCACAGAGAAGCUUGGCACUGCCCAAAUGAGGCAGGUGCAUUUCUGGUUCGCCACGGGAGGAGCGGGAUUCUGUCUGAGUCAAGGCCUCGCUCGCAAGAUGAAACCCUGGGCGAGUGAUGGCACGUUCAUGGCCACAGCUGAGCACAUCCGCCUCCCGGAUGACUGCACUGUCGGUUACAUCGUGGAAGCGCAGCUUGGCGUGAGCCUCACCCGCUCGCCGUUGUUCCACUCGCACCUGGAGAACCUAGGACUGGUGUCAGACAUACAAAGCCAGGUGACGCUCAGCUAUGGAACAGUGGAAAACAGCAGAAACACUGUCAACCUGAGAGGAGCGUUUUUAGCAAAUGAAGAUCCUACAAGGUUCAGGUCGGUCCAUUGUCUGCUGUACCCAGACACUCCUUGGUGCCCCAGCCCCCAGCGACUUUAACACCCAUCCAGAGAUGGAGGCAGACUGGUGGAGGAGAAUAAUGUCUGCCUAAACUCAAUUUUCUCGCCAGGAGGAGGAAAUCACUGCAGACAUCCAAGGAUAAAGAGUCUCACUGCUGCCCUCCUCAGCCUCCACCCAGCUGAUGAAUCUCUGAGACGUGUGUGGUCUGGGUCUGCACUGCCUUCCUUUGGGAAGAUCUAAUGUUUUAUGAGUCUGACACCUGAACUCUGCCGGGGGUCAGAAGGCCAAAAAUUGCAACAAGAGGAGAAUAUGAAAAGUUGAUCUAUCUAGAAAACUCUCAGAUCCUGAAGAAAAGAAGUUUGACCCAAGUUUGGGAGGAGAGGAAAGUCCAUGUUGUCACCUGAAUGAAAAGGGUUUAUCCUCUGCAUGGUGCAGCCUGUCAGACCUGCCUUAUCCCUCCUCUGUCUUUGUCAGUCUCAGCUCUUCAGCUCCAGCUGUACUCGGGCUCAGCUGUGCAUUGAACGUAACGUCGAGAGCCUGAGUCGGGCUUGUCUCUUUGUUUUUCUCCCAUCGGGUCUCCGGUUGUGAUAACGUCGCACUCACCAGCAUCAUUACUGAAAUCCGGGAACAUGACGACGUA